GAUCAGAAACCGGCUUCGCAUCCAUACCUGAUCAAGAUCAGCCGCUCAUUUUCCAUCCUGCUCCAUCGCCCCCUGUUGCAGCACCACCUUCACCGCCGCCGCCGCCAAGAGCAGACUCCAACCCUUCCUUCCUUUAAUGGGAAAAGCAAAACCCAAAACCAUCCCCAACAGGGCGGAUGCCUCGCUGCCGUCUUCUCCAACCUCGGCUAGAACUCCAUGGAGACCACCUCUCGCAACCGCCUCGUUCUUUUGUCCCUUGCCGAAACCUCGAUGCUGAUGUACGGGUUUGGAUACCCCUCCUCACGUUCUUCUCGUCCUCGUUCCUCUUCUUCUAUGUCUUCUCUUGUUUUAUGUCAGUGAGAGAGAAGGAGAGAUGGCUAAUCGGUGACCGAUCUUGGCCAAGCAUCAAUCGAUCGAAAGAGAAGAAAUUGAGCUUCUUUAGACGGCGUUAAGGGGUUGGAAUGAAGAAAUUGAGACAACGUCAUCGAGGAGUGUAGCUUGGAAUCCGCAGAGAAGUUUGAUUGUUAAAGGAGAGUGUAGAAACGACCGUCGAUUUGCUUUCCCCUUUUCUCUCUUCCGCGAACACUCAAAAUUUCAGGUCUUAUCUCCCAUAUCGAACUCCCUUCAUGAUCGAUCCCUUGAUGGCGAUUCCAAAAGGAGAGAGAGAAAAGUGUUUACACCAAUAGAAAAAGGUAGUGGGAGAAAGACGGUUUCUUAUUACUCGGGGAGGCAUUUGUACAUUAAUCCCCCCUAAACACUCUGCAAUGUCAGCCUCCUAAAUUCACUCUGGGGCAGGAAAAUUUGAAUGGGGUCUGCAGUUUUACUUUUUCACUAUAAAUGAUACUGUAGAGUUGCAUUGACUAAAAGAACCCCACAUAAUACUGAUAGUGUCAUUCAAAAGGUUUGAUUGAGAUUGGGCCUGAAGCUAAGAGUCAAAACUAAAAAAAUUGGUACUUGAUAACUUUAGGAUCAAGCCCUAACCUUCUGGGCCCUUACCAUAAGCCCAUCUGCGUGGAACUAGUGAAAAGAGAAGUAAUUUGGAGAACAAAAUUAAAAAACAAAAUCGAGUUGGCGCUUCAGUGUCAUUCGGCCGCCGAUUGCCCUCCUUUCUCCUGCUUCCUUCUCCUCCGGCUGCCGGCUGCCAUUCAUACAGUGUUGCAGAGACUGCCGCUUUGGUUUCAUGACCGUCCUGGAAAAUCAACCAUCUGCGGUCAGUUCUUCGCAUAUGAAUUUCUUCAUUCUCUAGUUUUCUUUCAAAGGUAUUUCAUAUAGCACCGGAACUUCGUUGCCCUAGUCCUUUUUGAGCGACCCCGAUACAAAUUAUUAUGGCCGCUUUUAGAUUGAUUAGUAGAAUUCUGAAUCGGAGAACCGUUGUAGCGUUGAGCUCUCCGGCCGCGCAGCUCGCUGGGAUUUCUGUGCUAAAUUCAUUACAUGGAUUCAGAAGCUUCACUUCUCAGAUUGCACCGCAAGAAGGGGAAGAUGGGCAUUCCUUUACAGCCUCUUAUCUAAUGAGCUCACAUGGGUUCUCACCAGACAGAGCUAUAGUUUCAUCCAAGUUUCUGAAAUUUCGGACGACCGAGAAACCAGAUGCAGUUGUUGAUCUGCUGAGAAGUCAUGGAUUCUCCGGUACCCAAAUCGCCAGAUGCAUCAAAUAUUACCCUCUUCUACUUGAGCUGGAUCCAGAGAGAGUACUUCGUCCCAAGCUCGACUUCCUUCUCUCCGUUGGGAUUUCUCGCCCCGAGCUGAUAAAGGUCGUCUCGUCCAAUCCUUAUUUACUGAUUAUGAGCUUAGAGAAAUGCCUGAUUCCUCGCUAUAAUCUUCUCAAGGAUGUCCUGGUUGAUGACAGGACAAUUGCGAGUGUCCUGAAGCGCACUUACGGGGGCUUUGCUAGCCGUAAAGAUUCCAAUUUUGUGCCCAACAUAGCACUUCUUAGGAAGCUUGGAGUUAGUGAGAAUCGCAUCACUUCCCUGGUCUCUCACUCCCCUACUGUGCUUUUCAGGCCUCACUCUAAUUUUGCUGAGAUUGUUGAGCUUGCCAUGCAUUUCGGAUUUCAUCCAUCGACAUUCAACUUUGUGGUUGCAAUUGAAGCGAUUUCAAGCAUGACGAAGACAAGUUGGGAGAACAAAUUACAGGUUUAUGGGAAAUGGGGGUGGGCAAAAGAGUUGACCUUGUCGGCUUUCAAGAAGUACCCACGAUGCAUGUGUGCUUCAGAGGAGAAGAUCAUGCAGAUAAUGGAGUUCCUUGUUAAUGAACUCGGCUGGGAAUCAGAGACUGCUGCUAGGUGGCCAAUUAUCUUCGGGUUGAGCUUCGAGAAGAGGGUUGUUCCCAGGUGUUCGGUUGUGCAACUCUUGCGGCUAAGAGGGUUCAUAGAUGAUAUUCCUGGGUUCGGUCGUUUCCUGUACUGUGCAGAGGACAGGUUUAAGGUUAACUUUGUUGCCAACUAUCCUGAUGAUAUUAAGGCUCAGUUGUUGGAUGUGUAUGAACGCCGAGUGAAGGUCGUUGAUUUUCGGACUAUGGCUGUUGAAGAGAUUAAAGCAAGAUCCUAGUCGGACCUCUUCAACCAUGUCCUUGAUUUUGACAGAUGCUUCAGAACAACAUGUUGCAUCCUUAUCGGUACGUUUAUGUAACUUCUUCAUUGUUAGGUUCGAUAUUCUUGGAGGGUUUCAGGUUAAACUGUGCAGGGCUUGCAAUCUUUCGCUUUUGUAUAUAUGCCGUGAAAAUAUUUUCUUCCACUGCUUCAUCAUUCAAACUCUCGAAUCAAGUGUCAUCAGCUCGAUUUCUGUAACCAUUUUAAUAGCGUCUUCUUAGAUGUCAUAGUUCGUCUGUUCGUUCAAUCACGUAUGUGUCCUCAAAGUUGUCAAGGACGCUUCGUAGUUAACUGGAUUGUUAUUGUUCUUGGCAGAUCAUAGUGGCUGAGCUCAAGUUUGAUUGAAUUCUGUGUGAGUACCCUGUCAAUUUCCACAUACAUUUUUCAAUACCGUAGCAGGAUUACCUCAACGAUGUUCUUAUUUGUGAUGCAAGGUUUCUUUCACAUGACACUUCAUGAAAAAUCAGUAGUAGUGCAUGUUUGGUACCAGUAGUUAAUCGAUACAAAUUUAGACAAUCAGUAGUUGAGCAGAAAAGGAACAUGAGGGAAUUUAUCCUAAUUUAUGUUACCAAUGAAUAUUAGUCAAUCUA